AUGAGCAGUCGACCACGCCGAAAACACAAGCUGCGGCAUCCCACCGGUGCCACACCUCCGCAUUCACCGUUUGCACAGUCAUCCUCCUCUUCGACUCCCUUUUCAUCACCCUUACGGUUCACACCCAAAAAGAGUUUGCUGCGCAUCAGCAGUCCAAAGGCCACCAAAUCACCGAGGUUGUCUUCUUCGAAAUUGGCCAGAAUGAUGCUGCCCGGAUCUCUGCCAUUGGACGGGGAUACUACGAAUGAUACUACGAAUAACUCGAAAGAAAACGUGGUGACGCUGCCAUUUGAUGACUCUCUUCGCCAUUAUCAUCAUCAGGAUGAAAGUUAUCCAGAAGUUCCCAAAACACCAGUACCCGAACAUAAAAAGCUUCUGAAUGGUGAUGGAGAUGGUGAUGGUGAUCUUCCCGAUGACAUCAGUUCGGUAUCGUCCGGAUCCAAGAAUGGGAAAAUAUUAGUGACAUCACCAGAUGAAAAAAAUGAUGACAAGAGUAGAAGUGUCAAUGGCAGCAGCAACGGUGGCGGAGAAGAAUGGGAAUACAAACAAUUCACUGGCACAGCCACAACGCCCAAACGAUCCAAAAUGGGCAAGCUAUUGGGGAAGCACAAACGACGAUUCAUGUUUAGGAAGAAGAAAAAGAAUGCUACGAAUCCUUCCUCGUCUGGUGCUUCUGCUGGCGGCCACCAAGAACAACAGCAACAGCCAUCGGAAACGAGUUUCGAAAUGCAGCAAUCACAAUCACGAUCGCUGCCAUCACUAGAGCGACAGCAAUUGUCCUUACAAGACCUUGAUCAAUUGCCACAAGAACAACCGCGGGCUCCGCCUCCAGCACCACAACGACAACAACAACAACCACGACCACCGAGGCAACCAAUGCUGUCGCCCAUUCGUAUCAAACGUCAACGCAAGGUGCAACCACAAUCGAAUGCUGAUGCAGCAGUAAAUGGCGACGACGGUGAAGAACAGGAUAAUGAUGACGACCAAGAAGAUGGGGAAGAAGAAGAAGAAGAAAGUCCACGCAAAACGCCCCGUCGGAUUUUAAUAAAGGGACGGCAUCGAGCGGCCGCAGCCAAGAAAGCAGUUCGAAGUGAUGCAUUAUGGACACAAACCAUUCUAAUAGAUUCAUCGUCGUCAUCAGCAGACGAAGAGGCGAAGGAACAGGUGAAUGAUAAACAUGAUGAUGAUGAUAAUAAUAAGGAAGAGGAGGAAGAAGAUAUUCCUAUGAAGGACGAAGCAGAGAAAGAGGAAGAAAGCGAAGGCUCCCCCCUUCCAAUCACCACUCCACAGAAAGGAGAAGAAAAGGAACAAGAAAAUGUCAAGGCUACCCUUGCCACAAAUGAUAGUGGAAAUGCUCCCAUCAAUGCCAAUACUACUGUCGAUACACCUGAUACCGUUCGCAGCGAUUCGCUUUGGGCGCAAAACAUGAUGCUGGGGGGGGAUGAUCAGAAUGACGAUGCCGACUCGUAUGACAACAUUUUAACACCCGAAGCAAUCAUGUCACCAAAGACAAUGACAACGGCAAGUCCGGCCACCAUAAUAACGUCCACGGCGUUGGCUGCUUCCAAAAUUCCAAACCUCGAGGAGCAUGAUGAACAAGAUGAGAAUAAUGAGAAUGGAGAAAAGAAUGACAAUGACAAGAUGGAUACUAGGGAUACUAUUAGUAUGGGACGACGAGUCGACAGUGAUAGGGAUGAUACUACACGAUCAUCCAGAACCAUGACAAGUGCACCAGGCGAAGAUGGGAAUAUUGUGGACGAGGAUGAUUUACUGGAUUUGGUGCCAUCGGAUGAACAAGAAGAUCAUGACGACAACGAUGACGACGAUGAUCAAUACGGUGAAGAAAAGAUAGUGGAAGAAAAGGAUAACAACUCGACGGAUGGCAACUAUUACUUGCAACAAAUACUCUCUGAUGAUGAAGACGACGAAGGGGGUGUGGUCAGUGAACAUGACGAAGAAUUGAUAUUGGAAGAACAGAAUAAUUCUAGGAGGGGUCCGCGAUCGGGAUCCUUCGAUGAUGGAGACUUGAUACUUUCGGAUAUUCUGAGCAGGGAUGGUUCGGCCUCCUUUGGCAUUGGCCCCACAGACGAAGAGUCGAAUGGAGACAAUAAUGGUUCCGUUGCCGGCCAAGACAAUGGCGGCAUUGUUUCAGCUCCUCAGUCACCGGUACUAUCCGAAAUCGAAAUGGACAAAGAUGACCAACACCAUUUGCCAGUGCACCAGCAUCCAGAAAUCUGCGAGGAGCCCUUGAAGGCAGCCAUCCCCGAGAAUGAAACAGUGGCGGAGAAUGUGAACACCAGCUUUGACAGUAAUUUUACCUUGAAUGAUUCCGAUUUGGCUGACAUGGAAAAGGAAAAGCCACUUUCAAUAUCAGAUCGGUCUUCCAUGACCAAUAUGCAACAUCGACUCCUAUCCAUGCGAACCAUCAAGGAUACCUACAAGAAAAAGCUACUACUGCAAGAGCAAGAAACGGAACAAUUGCAACUCCAACUGUUGGCCAGCCAAUACGAAGCCAGAGAAGCCAAAAUGUCAAUCCAAGCAUCGGAAAUGGCCUUGGCGAACGAACGAUCCAAACUCCGGGCCAGUGAGAAUGAUCGCGAACAACAAAAGGCACUUCUUUUAAAUCUGCGGGAACAGUUAUCCAUUGUGCAGAGCCAUCUGAACAAGUCGCAACUAAAACGGGAAGACGGACCCGCAAGGAGUGGGGAUCACUCGGAACCACCACAAACCACAUCAGCGUUGUCGUCAUCAUCAUCUUAUGACAUGAAGCUUGCAAGUAUGGAAGAACAGCUUUUGGUGCAAGACGAAGAAAUGGAUCAACUGGCGAUGCAGAUCCAAGACCUGAAAGGCAAGACUGCAGAGUUGGAGGUCUCGAAAAGAGAGGCCGAACAGAAAUGGAAGGAAGCCUUGGCUCGAGAGAAAAUUCUGAAAGAGCAGCUAGUGUCAUUGCAAAUGGGUCAGCAAAUAUCCAACGAGAAGCAAGGCGAAAAUGGUUCUGACCAACAGCACCACGAGAUCCAACGACUGGAGGAAUUGAUACGAGCCAACGAGGAACGAUACCAAUCCGAAUCUGUUGCCCUUCGCCAACAACUGGAGAAUGUCCAAAAGGACCACGAAUCGGAAUUAUCCAAACUGCGAGAAGCAGUCGAAUUGAAUCAGAAACUUGUAGACUCUUCGCAAAAGGAAGCCCAAGUUGCACAGACCAAGUUGCUCCAAGAAUUGGCCGAGGCCAAGUUGGAGCAUGCUCGAACGAUCGAGGAACUGAAAGAGUCUCUUUCCAGCACCCACGAACAAGAGAAACGUAAGCUACACACCCAAUACUCCAAUGAACUGGAGAGACUAGAGGACGAAAUUGCUGGUUCUAGGAGCGAACUAUCGGUAUGA